ACGAAGCAACUCUAUCUCCUCGGUGUUUAAACCAAAGGGAUCACAUAACGCCACAGAAAGAGGAGUAGACAAAUAAUAAUACACUAGCAGUCUGUGUUCACAAGAGGCGGACCAAAAAGCAAGGUGUGUAAUUAAGAAAAAGAAGAGGCUAUACUGGUAAUUGGUAGAAAAUGGAGGGAAAGAGUGGUAGUAGUGUGAUGAUGAAGAAGAAGAAAAGUAGUGAAGGGCAUGGUGAGGUGAUAGACGGUUCAGAUAUAAUGGAGUUGGUUGAGAACAAGGAGGUGUUUCGUAAGUUUGUGGAACAUAAGUUCCAAGAACUCGAUACAGACCUUGACGGUGCCCUCUCUGUCAACGAGUUACAACCUGCUGUCGCUGAUAUUGGUGCUGCUCUCGGCUUGCCUGCCAAGGGUUCUUCUCCCGAUUCUGAUCAUAUCUAUUCUGAGGUUUUGAAUGAAUUCACCCAUGGCAAACAAAAAAAAGUGAGCAAGACCGAAUUCAAAGAAGUUCUUUCGGAUAUUCUAAUAGGCAUGGCUGCCGGUUUGAAGAGAGACCCUGUUGUGAUCCUUCGUAUCGAUGGCGAAGACCUCUUGGAGUUCAUUAGGAGCCCGAGUUUUGAAAUAGAGAUGGCUUCCUUGUUUUCAGAACUAGACUUGCCUGAUGGAUCCCUCCAAUAUUACAUUAUCAAGGCUCUAGAAAAACUCACCGUCGAACAAGGGAUGCCCCCUGCUUCAGACUCUUGGGUUAUGAACAACAUCGUGGAGCCAGUGCUGCUAUCUUGUGGUGUUGAUCAUGGACAACCCAUCUCUCAGGAGGCAUUUUUGGUGGAGUUUAAGAAAGUAGCCGAGUGUGUCGCUCAACGUCUCAAGGAACAACCUGUAAUUGUUGCCCACAGUGAGAACACCUUUAAUGGAAGUGGCAUCAAAAGACUCUUAUCUAACAAAUUUGAAUUGAACAAGACACUGGAUGUAGCAUUGAAAGACGUGCCAAGAGAUCGCCACGGGAAAAUGUCCAAGGACUAUUUGCGCAAGGCACUGGAUGUGGUGGCCCCAUCCGCAGGUUUACCACCAUUGGGAGCAGUUGAUGAGAUGUUUUUCACCCAACACAACCCAAAACAGAGAGCUAGAGAGAGAAAGAGAAGAGACCAAAGAAAUCCGAGGUCGGCGGGAUGGCUCGGUCUCGGAUGAUGGCGGCUUGUGCGCGGAGGACUCGGCUAUGAUGAGAGCUCGAUUGACUCGGUCGUGAACAGUGGAGGCUGCGGCGAGCUCAAGAAGGCUCGGCGGUGAACUGUGGAUGACUGUGUGCUUGAAACAAGGACGACGAUGUGCUCGGCUAUGGAGAUGGCGGAAUGGGCCGGCGAGUUUGGAAUGGACGGUAGAAUGGACCGGCGAGCAAGGUGAGCUGAAUGGCGGGCAAGGCGGUGACAACGAUAGACUGACGCAACGGUGCAGAGAAGUGCGAUAUAUAUGGCCGACGGAUCUAGCGGGUGGUGCAACGGCUAUGAUGGAGUUAUAACAGGAGACCCAUCGAUCCCAGUAACAGAUUCCUUGGCUUAUCCAAACACUCCUCAGACGACAUCUACCACUUCGAUACCAGCCACAAAUUCCUCGACUUCAUCGUCCCUUUCAGUCAAUCAAUUCGCGCGGAUGGGAUAAACUGCAAAAAAAAUCUAUAGUUCAGGGGAGUAAAUUGCACAUACCCCAAUAGUUCAGGGGGGUUUUUUGCCACUUUUAUAGUUCUGGGGGGUUUCUUGCACAUACCCCAAAUAGUUCAAGGGGGGUUUUUUGCAACUUUUAUAGUUCAGGGAGGUUUUUUGCACAUACCCCAAUAGUUCAGGGGGGUUUAAUGCACUUUACCCUUAAAAUUAUUUGAUUGUUUAAUCUGAAUGAGUAAGUGCACUGGGUGAAUAAGGCUAUCUUGAUUAGUGUCAUUUAUGCAAACAUAUCUGUCUUAGGGUCUUGUUACUAGCUAGUAAAUUUGAGUGACCUUUAAAAU